AUCUUUUGUUUUGUGUGUUUUUUUGAAUGAGGUUUUAUUUCUCAGUAUCUGAAAAAUUCCAUCUUUAACAAAUCGUGGUUGAUGUUGGCCUUUUUCGUAUGUUUGUAUAGUUGCAUUGUCCCGUUAGAUUGAUUUCAAGUUUUCAACUUUCAAAGAUUAUGCUGCAAUUUUCGCUCUUUUUUUUUUACUGUCUAUGGAGUCUAAUUUCUAUGUUUAUCUUUUUUGUUACUCGUAAGUUAUAACUUUAGUCACCUGAUAAAACACUGUGAAAACCCAAUAUUUGAUCACACAAGUACAAUAAAAUCCCAUAAGUUUAAGAUGGUUCUUAACUUUUUAUGCUUAUCCAAUACUGAAAAUACAAUGCUGAACAUAAUUUAUGAGUAAAUAAGGCUUAAAUUGGUUCUUAAUAAGGCUUAACAUACUCAUUAGUUCUCUAUUGCUAAAUUUCGGUUGUGGAUCAGACCGGUACAUGUACCAAAUUUGGGUGCAAUGCUGGCUGUGGAUCAGUCACUCUAGCAGCCAGGCUCUAAGUUUGUUCAUUCAAACACAUGGAGUGUGAGUGACAAAAUAAAGUGAUCAAAUCUGGCAAUUCUGUUAUUUCAAAUUGUUGUCUGAAAAGCAGCUCCCUUUGAGCAUUUUAGAGUUUCUUAUAUUGCUUCUUGUAAAAUUUUCUCAUUUGUUGAGGAAAUCCCUGCAGUUGAGGUAAAGCUACUGAAAUUUGUUCAACUUUCUCAUCUGGUGCCCUUGCCUCUGCUUCUUUUGCUGAAAACAAUUUUUUGUGGUUCUAGGCUGGGUUUUGUAUUGGAAUGAAUAUGACAAUAUGACAUAAUGUUGCAUAAGAGCUUAGCACAUACCAUUGCACAUAGAGCUUAAAAUGAAUUUGCUUUAGUAGUACCCAUCCUACACUUAAGCUAAGGAAUUUUUUGAUUAUCUAGAAGAUAGAAUUCUUUCUAAUAGAGGCAUUUGAUUUCCUUCUUCUCGGUGACACUGUCCAUACUGAGAUGCUAGUUGGGUUAUGCUAGCUUGUGAUCUGGACACUUCAGAAUGUGCACUGACCAUAUCUAUGCUCAUUUUUGUUACAUGAACUUGUAGCUUCUCUAGAAAGCAUCCAAAUCAGGGCUAUUAUUUUGUUGAACUGCUACUAUGCUACUGCUUGCAAUUUUUUUUUCCAAACACAACACAAAUAGAUAGCUGACAAGAAAUUCCAAUGGUAUUAGCGUAAGCAUAUGGCUUUUUGCUUCAAGUCUUCAAGUAUUCUUAAUUUUUCUUCGUAUAGGUUUUCACCAUAUAGUUCUAGUUGUUUGUUUGCCAGUUGAAUGUACAGCACAACCAGGGAUGUCUAUUGUUAUUUAUUUAAUGGUAGAUAUCAUUUACAACAUGAGACUCGUGGUUUCAAAUAACAUCAUGAGGAUGCUCUUGCGUUGGCAUUUAGAAAGAAUCCAUCAAUGUUGUGUAUGCCCCGUGGAAAUGGUGACUGAUUCUCAACAUGACUGCCUAUGAGAAAACCCAACCUCUAUCCUCUUAGAUGGAGCUUCUUAUGAGAAAUUUUCCUUUGCUUAACAUUUCCUCACAAACAAUGUUUGAAUUCAACAGGAAUGACAUUUUACAGGAGUCAUACCCCUGGAGAUUCUGAGCUGAAAUGCCUAUGUGGGCUUCCUGCAAAACUGAGAUUAUCUCAAACCCCAAAAAACCCGUUUAGGUUAUUCUAUAAUUGUCCGAAGGGUAUUUCUGCACAAUGUGAAUUCUUUUGUUGGUCGGAUGAGCCAGCUCCAACGGGUGAUAGGGAGACCGAUGAGCAAAAUCUUAUCCGUCAUGAGUGCAUUCGACUACAAGAAAGCUUAAAUGAAAUCCAACAGGAACUGGAUUGUGAGAGGACUGAAUGGGGUAGGGAAAAAUCAGAGCUAACUUCACAACUAUCAACUGUGCAAUUUGAGCUUGAUGCUCUCAAGAAAAGAAUCAAGAUGGCAAAUGAGUCAGAUCUUAUGCCCCCUCUUGACAAGCUAUCCAUAGCAGAUGAUAAGGAUGAUGAUGCCUUAGUACUACAUACUGUAUGCUGAGCAUGGACAGAAUUGGUUUGCAUGGCAUAUUUUUUGCUUAAAUGCCCAGGUAGUCUCAUAUUGUAAAGUUAUGUGAGCAAAUCAGUUAUGGCCUUGAACAUUUAUAAACUAUCUUAGUGGUAAAUCUUAUGUGUUCUUGACUAUUAAAAUAUUGAAUUCUGUUUGGAUGAAGUUAUGGAUUUCAAUGGAAGAGAGAAAAGAAAAGAAGCUUCUUCCUUUUCUGAGCA